AUGAAGCGGCUGCGGAACAUCCGGCUCCUUGAGCUGCCCCAGGGGCCCCCGAAGUGGGUCCCCAUUCUGGGCGAGCUGCAGAAGACCCUCCAGAGGGGCGAGUACCUGCCCCUGCGCCCGCUGCCCAUGUUCGAGAGUAACUUUGUGCAGGUGACCAACCGCGGGGGUCCCGUGUUCCUGCAUCACAGAACCAACAGGCUGACCAUGGGCGUGGCCGCCUCGCUGCCCGGCCUGGUGCUGCCGGACAUCCUGCUGAUCGCUCAGCCCUCCCAGGGCAGGGACAGCUCCAGCCUCGUGCUGACCAGGAUGAUCCCACUCGACCUGGCGCACCUCUACGUCCACGACCUGUCCACCUGGCGCCUGAAGCUGCGGCUGGUCACUGGCCGCUACUACUACCUGGAGCUGGACGCCCCUGGCCACGAGGUGGGCUUCCUGUUCGACCGCUGGAUCCGCCUCAUCAACCUGCUCCGGGAGCCUGCCACCACCUGGGCCCCCAGGACCCUGCACACGCCCCCCCUGGACCUGCCCCUGGCCUCAGCGCCUGCCUCCACCUGGCACCUCCAGAACCAGUGCUACAGCGGAAACACCGUCACAGCCACCGGGCCCACCUUCCCUUACAAGACGGUGACAUCUCAGAAACAGAAGAAGGCCAAGGCGCUGAAGCGCAGGUUCAAGUCGCAGGCCGUGGGCGACUCUGUGCCCCUCAUCUGGUCGCAGCUGGAACACGCCGACUUUCAGAAGAAAUCCAUGGAGAAGAGGUCCCUCCCGGACGCCCAGGAAGACAGGUCUCAGACCCAGAUCCACGUGUCCGAAAAGGCCAGCAUCACCAUCCGCACCAUCUUCAGCAUCAUCUCCAACACCGUGAACCCAGCUCAGUCCUCACAGAAGGCUGGCACUCCUGAUUCCCAGAGAGCUUCCGAGCAGCAGCGGCUCCUGGACACGCCUUCGCGCUGCGCCCUGGGGGACAGCACCGUCUUCCCCUUCCCGGGCUCCUACGACCACCUGGACAUGCUGCUGUGGCAGCAGGACAUCGAAGAGCUCAUGGACCCCGAGUCCAGCACGCUGUCCUCUUCCUCCCUGGGCAUGGCUCCCGGCCCCCCUGCCAUCCACCUCUGUCCACCCUACUCCCCGUUCCCCAGGCCCAGCGACAAGGCCAGGCCCGCCAGCUCCCGGAAGGCCCCCUCCGCCCCUGUCACGCCUUGGAAGACGCCGUUCAUCGUCGACCAGUCCCAGAAGGUCCCGGUCCUGCCCGCUCCACCCCGGAAAGCCCCAGCCCUGCAUGCUCCAUCCCGGAAGGUUCCAGCAGUGCCUGCUCUGUCCCAGAAGACCUCCAUGGCACCAACUGUCUCCCAGAGAGCGCCUGCUGUCCCUGUCCCACGCCGGAAGACCCCCCUCGGACCUCUUCCCCACAGAGCCCGAGCCAUCCGCCGUGGCCAGUCGCCCAAGAAGGCCCUGGCCGUGCCUGCCCCACCCCCGCAGCAGGCCCCGCCGGCAGGUGCCGUUCCCCAGAAGGCCGGCUCCCCUCCUCCCCCAGCAAGUGAACCUCCACCCCAGAAGGCUGCGUCAGCACCUCCCCAGUACCAGGGCGCUCCCGACGCCCACGCGGCGUGGGGGGAGCCCCCCGGGGAUGCUGCCCUGCUGCCCGUGGGGGUCCCCGGGCAGGAGCUGCUGGAGGGAAUCCGGUCGGAAGGCAGAGCGCAGCCGGCAGUGCUGGUGGGGGCCCAGGUGACAGACGUGGUGGAGAUGAGGGCCCAGGAGACCACCCUGGAGCUGCCCUUCACCACCACCAAGAAGCAGUCCAAGGAGUUCCUGGUCACCAAAACCCGGGAGGUCGCCCUGGAGGGCUUGCGGGGCCGGGGCAAGUUCGAGGACAGGGCCCACCAGGCGAAGGAGGAGACCCUCGUGGAGCUGCCCGGCAUGAAGUCCAAGGAGGUGGAACAGCACAAGAAGUGGAUCAAGACCAGGGAGCUGGCGGUCGAGGGGCCCCGCCAGGAGCACAACCGGCCCUUCUCCGUGGAGGGGCUCGCCCUGGCCAAGCUGAUGAUCAUGGCCAGCUCCAAGGAGCAGCACCCGCGGCCCGCCGUGGCCUCCAUGCCCUCCUGGCUCUCCGUGACCUCCCAGGCGUCCGCCCUGCCCUUCAGCUCCAGCCGGCUGUCCUUGCUGGAGAGGACACCCGUGGUGGUCAGGGAGCAGGUGGAGGUGCACGCCUGGGGGAGGGAGUUCGCGCCACGGCGGGCCGACAGGGAGCCGCCGCAGUGGUGCCCGGCCGAGCCUUCCAAGGGCCCCCCCCAGCCCGCCUCCACCCCCAACAGCCCCAGGAUGGCCGCCUCCUCCCAGAUUCCGAUCCCUCUGCCCGCCACGCGCUGGGAGGACUUGCCGCAGCCGCACCUCCCCGCGCCGCCCCCCACCAGGGCGGACACCAUGUCCGAGGCGCCCCAGCAGCGCCCGCGGAAACCCCAUGAUCCCAGGAGGGCGCCGAAGCCACACCCCCUGGCCAAGAUGGGGUCGUCCUCCGAAAUCCUCCUGCCCGUGCUCUUGGAGAUGGAGAGGAUGAGGGAGAAGGAGGCCAACAAGGGGGCGGUACCCAAGGAAGAGCUCCGCCCUUCAACCAGCACCAAGCGGUCUCUGCGCUUUGAGUAG